GUAAAAAAACAACAAAAAGUUAAAGGCAUCUCACAUAACCAAAAUUUUCCUAUCGACUAUAAAUUCUUGUUUUAUCGUGAAAUUAACGUUACUUGUGCUUGGCCAGAUCUCACGUGGAUCCCUUUGCAAUGGAAAGUGGCGUGGCCGCCCAAAACGGCCCCGACCAGGGCCCUGAGAGCCCCAAAUCGAAGCUUCUUGGUCUGUUGCCGGACCAAUACACACAAAUCAUUAUAAAGGCCAGUGAAAAUGAGGACUUUGAGGGCCUCUAUGGCAAAAUUAGGUUGUCAAUAGCCACAAAGGAAGAGGCCCUACUCUGGAUUAGGCGCUUCGAACUGAAGAACUUGUGCUCCUAUAGGGGCCAAAAGUCUUGGUCCUACGAUCCUGAAUUGAAAGUUUAUCAGAAAAAAUUCGUUUGCGCCCACCGAACAACGCCCGAGGACCCGGAAGGCGGGUCCCAACCGCACUGCGACUCCACAAUCGUUUUCACACUCUGCUCGGACCCCCGCACUUACCCCUCGCAGGCCACGGUCCGGUUGUUGCGUCAUCACAGAACCUCCCCACCACCCGCCGGGGAGCUUCGCGUCACUUUCUGCGAGUACUACGUGCGAGGCCACUCGCCCUUCUCGGCCCUCGUGUGCCACAAAUGCGACAUCCACAGCAAAUUCGGCCCCACGUUCUACGACGCCGUACCCAAAGGCACCGUCUGUCCCUCGUACAACUGGUGCUCGAGCGAGUACAAACGUCUGUUUUCCAGACAUUUCCGCACAUCCUCCUUUGAUGGCGACGAAAUAUCGAGAACCAUCGAGGGUUAUAACAAACAGUUCGUCUCGCCUUGCGCGGAUAUUCAUGAGGGUUCUCUGGUCGUUUGCACCCCUUUAAUGAAAAGCGUCUUUCACUCGGGUUUCGGGGAGGAUCUGAUCACUUUGAAGACCUUAUGCUCGUCCAAGGGACAAAAGGUCGUCCUGUUCCUCUGUCACACUCCCAUCGGGUCCUUCCCUUUUGGGAUUAUCAUCACUAGUUCCACAAACAUCUCGGGGGGCAUAAGGUGCCUGCUCGGCAUGCUUAACGCGAGCAAUUACAAGCCGGCCACCAUAAUCCUGGACGAGAACAUGGCCAUAAGCGCCUGCUUGAAAGAGACUUUCCCGGAUUCCCAGUUGAUAUUCAACGAGUUUCAAAUGUUACAGUCGAUUUGGAGGGUGAUUAGGCUGGUGUGCCAGGGGGACAACGAGGAGUUCCAGGCCCUCUACGAGAUCUUCUUUCAGACCCUGAACAGCGUUUGCGAGGAGGACUUUUCGAGGAAUUUGGACUCUUUGAUGGUCUAUGCGGAAAAGCAUCCCAAGCUGGCCAGUUUUCUGAACUAUUUCAAGCAAAGAUCCAGCGCCUACGUCCUUUAUGCCAAACCUAAGGUGGAUUUUAACACGGACGUGUUAAAUUACACCGACUCCGGCACCAUGUUGCUCCAGGACGUCACCGUCAAGUACUCGGAGCACUUCAACCUCACUCAACUCUUCGACUUCGUCACCAAUAACUACAUGGACCAUUAUGAGCGUAAAUUACGGAAAAUAAUCCAAGGGGACCUCCGGGGGUACUUCAAGACCAACUUCUACGUCCCCCUGACCCGACUGAUCGACUUCACGGUCCAGAAAAUCACCGACACGGAAUUCCUCGUCUGUCUCAACGAUUUCAAGUAUUUCGUUAACGCGGAACUGGACACCUGCACGUGCCAAGUGGGCCUGCAGGGCGGCUCCUGCGUGCACCAAUACAUCGUCGAAAAAACCCUCGGGCUGUUGCCGGAAUGUUACACCCCCAUAGAGGAGUACAUGACGAACAUCUUCAAGUCCAUUUUGGCGCAUAAAGAGAGCUUGAGAGUCCUGAGGCAAGAACAGCCGCAGCAGGAACCCUUGGGGAAACUCCCCGAGCUGCCAGGAGGGUCCGAGGAGUUUGAGGAGCCCCUUUGUGAGGAUCAAGAGUUGCUCAACGACCAGGAGCACUUUAAUCGGGAAUCAGGGGAGCUGGAGUGGCAGGAAGUGAUCGAGGCGCCCCCCUCAGAGGGUCGGGAGCGCGUCUUUACCCCCGUAGAGGAGUUUAUGGAGCCCCUUUGUCUAUCGGGGGAGGACGACUCUUUGGAAAACAACAAAAAAGAGACGGAGAAUAUCGAUAAGUUGGCACCGCAAGAUAUUAAUCAGUCGUUCAUCAAUGAGGCCCCCCUGGAAGAAAUAUUCACGGAGCACCCUGUGCGGCUGGAAAUUCUGCCCAGUGAAGAGACGGACAUGCCUCAGGGGUUGUUCCGUAACGAGGCGGCCGUCGUAGAGGAGAUCGUGACUAAUAACAUGAUCCAGGACGGUACCGUGGACAGUCAGACGGAGGACGUGGUGGUGCUGCAGGACUGUUUGGUCGACUCCUCAAUACUUUAUAGUUACAUCACCGAUGACGGGGAGGAUCGGGGGGAAACGGGGUUCCAGACGGCGGACCCUGUGCUUCCCCCGGAGCCCCAACAAGAAAUUUUAGAGGAACUGCAACCGAACGCGCAGUUCUCCGAAUAUAAAGUGAUGGAGGACGGGUUGCUGACCGAAAUCACCGUGCAAACCGAUAACGUGCUGACGACCGACUCGUUUGACGACAGCAACAUGAUAAUGGUGUCUCCGACGGAGGUUUUGUUGGAGGAGGAGGAGGAGGAGGAGGCGCCGCGAACGGAGCCGAAGAUCAACGUUUUAUCCUCGCUAGUGAUAAAACCCCCCAAGAAAACCUCGUUGGAUCUCGACUCGGACGUCACCGAGGACGCUUACGAGAUCGAAAUCUCCCAGGGGGAUCCGGAGAACCUCAUCAAGCUCAACUCACCCAAGAAGCCGCAGGUUUUCAAGCAAGUCUCCCCCAAGAAGCUCCCGAGCCCCUUCAAGAUCUCACAGUCCCAAGAGGAUUUCACGAAGAUGGUCAAGGAGCUGAGGUCUCAAAAGAAUCCGAAAGUGGUUCCCCAGAAGAGGCCGCUGAAGUUAAACCUGGCGAAGAUCCAGCAACCCUCACCGGCAAAAGUAAGCAAACCGAAGAAGCCAAAGAAGUUAACAGUGAAGGCUCAGGUGCAUGCGGAGGCUUUACUUCCCUCGCCGAUAAAAAUUAACAAAGUGGCCCCUAAGCGGGCCGAAGCGAAGUCGAAACCGCGUGAGGAGGUCACCAUCCAGAGCGUCUCCAAAGGCAAGGGGCCCAUGGUCAAGCCGUUGAGUUUAAAGGAGUUUUUAUCGCAAAACCCCCAGCAAGCUGUGCCUCCUCCCCCCAAAGAAAAACCGUCGGAACCUCCUCAAAUCCUCGCGAAACUCCUGAACCGAGCGAACCAUUACAAACUGUGCAGCCUGCAGUGCAAAGAGGUCCAUUCCGAGCUGGAGGACCUCUCGGACGAUUCCGACCUGGACGAGUACGAUUUCGAGGAGGACAUCUUGUCGGACUGCGACAGUAUCGUGGAGCAAGAGAUCUACGACGACGAGGAGGACCUGGGAAGGUCAAUUUCACCCCCUCAAAGUGUCCAGGGGAGGGAGGACGGUAUAAAGAAGCCGGACCUCAAGGACGACGAGUUGUCCUUCCUGCUGAACGAUCCGCGUUUCGAAAUGGAGGUGGAAACUGAGGAGAGAGCGGAAAACCAGAUCGAGUACGUCACCGAGGAGGAGCACGAAGGGGCCGAACUGAACGGGCUACUAAAAGAUUUGGGUUUUAACGACGCCUCCUCGAGAAACCUCAUUCAGGAGGUGAAGAUCGUCAUCCCGAAAACCCCCAAGGAAGGUUGCGAGAGUAAAAAGCGCCUUGCAGGCAAGAAAACUGCCGCUACGAAGAUUAGAGGCCUUAAAUCGCACUCGCUCCUACAGAGGCUUAAGAAGAAGAGAUUUGCUAGAAGUGACCCUGCUGGUCUGAGGGCCUUGGGUGUUCAGAGGAAGAAUUCUGCUAAAACAGGCUCUGUUGGUCUCGAGGCCUUAGGUAUUGAGAGGAAUAAAUCUGCUAAAAUAGACUCUGUUGGUUUCGGGGCUUUAGGUGGAGAGAGGAAGAAUUCUGCUAAGCCAGACUUUGUUGGUCUUGGGGCCUUAGGUGUUCAGAGGAAGAAAUCUGCUAAAACAGACUCUGUUGGUCUCGGGGCCUUAGGUGUUCAGAGGAAGAAAUCUGAUAAAACAGACUCUGUUGGUCUCAGGGCCUUAGGUGGAGAGAGGAAGAAUUCUGAUAAAACAGACUUUGUUGGUCUUGAUACCUUAGGUGUUCAGAGGAAGAAAUCUGCUAAAACAGGCUCUGUUGGUCUCGGGGCCUUAGGUGUUCAGAGGAAGAAAUCUGAUAAAACAGACUCUGUUGGUCUCAGGGCCUUAGGUGGAGAGAGGAAGAAUUCUGAUAAAACAGACUUUGUUGGUCUUGAUGCCUUAGGUGUUCAGAGGAAGAAAUCUGCUAAAACAGGCUCUGUUGGUCUCGAGGCCUUAGGUAUUGAGAGGAAUAAAUCUGCUAAAAUAGACUCUGUUGGUCUUGGGGCUUUAGGUGGAGAGAGGAAGAAUUCUGAUAAAACAGAUUUUGUUGGUCUGAGGGCCUUGGGUGUUCGGAGGAAGAAUUAUGCUAAAGCAGCCUCUGUUAGUCUCGGGGCCUUAGGUGUUGAGAGGAAGAAUUCUGCUAACCCAGACUUUGUUGGUGUGAAGGCCUUGGAUGUUGAAAAGAAGACCUCUGAUAAAAACCGCCCUAUUUCCCUUAGGACUGCGAAAAAAAGAACUACCCCUAGUAAAGCCUCUCUCUUGGGUUCUGACAAUAACAAACUGACAAAUAAAGACCCCGAGGCACCGGGGUCAACGCAAGGGGUCAAUAAGGAGCCGGUGCAAGAACCCCCCAAGAAAAAGGCGCGCAAUUCGAAGUUACCAAAGAAGAUCGCGCCCGCGGGAGCGAUAAACGGAAGCGCCUGCGCCCCCUACACGAUUUACGCGAUCGUGCAGAACGCGCCCCAGGGACCCGUGCUGUGCCCCCUGGUGCUCGACCCCAAGAACACGUCGGUUUUGACUUAUAAGCCCCUGGUGGUCGGGUCGAGUAGCGCGGAUAAGGAGCCUCCCCCGGGCAACCAAAAGCCUGAGCAAGAACCAAAGAUGCAAGCGGUUAAGGAAGAAAAGGCGGAAAGGGUGACUAGGAGCGGGGUGAAACCGGUGCUAGAGUACCGGAAGCGCAAGGGCAGAUUCCGGGGCAGAAAAACAGAGGCGGAAGUGAAGAAAAAUCUCUUUGAAAGUGGGAAGAAAAAGUCGUCGGAGAGCCCGGUUGACUUUGAGUCGUCCAUAACGGCGUCCGUGGUCGAGAGGGCGGAUCCCGCGGGGGCGUCCUCGGUCAAAUACGAGGACGCCUUCAAGCGGUUCUUGGAGGCGGAGGCCUACGCGCCGCCCCCCGCUCCGGACACCCGAUGUCCCGCUAAAAAACCGCGGAAGCGACGCCGCCCCCGUAGCAUACUACUCCGGAAACGCGUCUCAAAGAAUAAGAACAAAAGAGCGGACGCGCGAGAGGCGGUGCCGUCAAAUGUGGUUUCGCCCCCUAAACGGAAGAGGGGGCGGCCUCUGAAGAGUCUCGUCGACCACCCAAAGAGUCUCGUCGAUCCCCCAAAGAGUCUCGUCGACCCCCCAAAGAGCGAAAAGUUCGAGUUGAUAAUUUUGCUGGAGCGGGACGAGGAGAUCGAGCAGAGGUGCGUGGAAUAUUCGAGACACGUGACCAGGAGGAGGUCCUUGGGGAGGAGGUGGACGACGGGGGCCUCCCCCGGAACCAGGGGCGGCCGGAAGGGGUACUUGGAGCUGUUGGAGGUCGCCAGGCAGAAGAAGAGUUUUUGAGGGGCCGUGAUGGGAAAUAAAACGCAAUUUUUUGUGUUUUGUAUUUUUUUUUCUUCAUGUUUUUGUUGUAUAUAUAUAUGUAUAUAUAUACCGAUCGUUUAUUAUAUUAUUAUUAUUAUUAUUAUACGUGUAAAAUUAU